GGCUCUACUGUAGUGGCAAGUACAGUUUUAUUUAUAAGACAUUAAGAUUUGCCAGGUUACAUCAUAGACUUAUGCACAAUUAAUUUUCACCUUUGACAAACAAAUCAAACUCCUGUUAGUCUACGUCUGAACGCAUUGAUCCUUUUGGAAUAUGCGUGUCAGAUUGUUUAGUUUGGACGUAAAUUAUCAGGAAUUUGAUUCGUUCAUCGCAGGUGACUACGUUUUUUGCAGAAAUGUACUCUAGUGCAUUAGAGAUUCUAAUUAAAAAGUUACAGCUGGCAACAUGAUGUAAAAGUUAGAAUUUUUAAAAAAAAAACAUUUAUUGUUUAAUGUUUACUAUUCUGUAGGGUAAUGAGGAUCAGUGCAAUUUAGGUCCUGCAUUAUAAAGAUAAUGGAAGAAAUUAUGUCGUUUCCUGAGAUACACAAAAGAAUAUUAUGUUACAACGGAGAGAUCCUUACAUUUGAAAUAUCACAAACCCUUAGAGCUUCACAGACUACAAAGACCUCUGCUUUACUCUUCUCAAGGAAGACAUUUGACCCUGUAUCUGGAACGUUUAUUGAAAACUUUACUGGACAGCACCGCCUUCCUGCUAGUACUUCUGCCAUUGAAAUUGUAUGUUGUGAGUGUGCUACAGACGUUAGAACUAGCAUAUCCAUUCCUUGUGUUCUGCUGAAAUUAAAAAGACAAAAACAGAAGAGAAGCUCAUCUAAAUUCACAUUGCUUAUGCUGCACAGCAAUAAUGACAUGGAGAGUCGUUUGAACUUUAGGCUUGACAUUGGAAGUGUAGACGAUGCAAGACUGUGUGAUGGGCCAACCGUGCUGCUGAAGCAUAAUGAAACGCUUCAUUAUAUAUCUACAUUAACUGCAGAACCUGUAAUUGUUCCUGUAAAUUUUAUAGCUUUGCAUUGGGUGGGUACGAUUGAACCAGGGGAACUUGUGAUCUUUGGCGUUAAAAACAUAGACUUGGAAAAUGCACCUAGCCCAUCUAUUGCAGCUGGAACACUUAAGGAUACCAGCUUUGUUUUGUAUUCAAUUGAAAAUCAGAAAAGUAUACCUGGUACCUGCUUUCUACCAGAUGUAUAUAGUAGUGUUAUAUGUUGUCUACAAGUGUGCACAUUGCAAGGCUCGGAUGGAAAAUUUGAGACAUCAGUUAUAGCAGCAAGUGGUAAACAACUGAUCUUGUUCAGUAAUGGUGUCCCAGAAGAGGUCUGCCAGCUUCCAUUCGAAAAUCCUUUCAAGCUUCAGGUAGCAUCAACAAGCCGUGGAGAUUUAUUGUUCAUUGUUUCAUUCACUUCUGGUGAUGCCUGUGCAAUAUGGAAGGACAGCUUGAAGGUAGCUGUGACUUGGCAGCAAGUGAGGGAUAUUCUCGUGGAUGAUUUCCUAGGAGUUGGGUUUGAUCAAAUACUUUUGAUAUUUAAGGAUGAUCCAACUAAAUCACCUGGUCCGGAAGACUUUAAAAUAACAGAUUGCUGUGAAAUAAACUAUCCAGCCGACACAGAUACCAGCAAAAAAGAUGAAUCAGCUGACGAUGGGUGUCAGGAGAACCAGUUUCUUACUGUUCAGGCAUUGGAGGCAAGGUUACAGGCUGGCUUGCUCUUUCUUCAAGAAUUGCAGCAUGAUAUUCAUGUAAAAGAUAGAGUCAUCAAGAUAUCAUGUGAGUCUCUUACAAACAUGACUCAAGGCAAGGAUGUCAUUGUACAAUCUGCAGAAAAGGAGGGUCUGACUUCUCUUUGGGAUGACUCUGACAACUGCCCAGACUCUCCAUCUUCCGAUUCAUGCACCUCGCUAUCGAUUCCCGACUGUUUUGUUGAGAAAGUCUGGUACCGUGUGAUUGACGACCUCUUGGUUGUUGGUGUGAAGCUGAGUAAUUCUGUAUAUUCGUCACUGAGCAACGUAGGCUUAUCACUUAUAAUGGAUCAAGAAAUAGCUUCAAUCUCCCCAGUUACAAAGUGUCAAACCAAUGUGCUAAAAUUGCCCAUCAACGCUUCUCAGGUUUUCGCCAACCAGAAAGAACCUUUGGCAAAAAAACAAAGACUCGACGACUUCAUCAAGGACAGUCUUCCAGGGGAUUUCUUAAGAAGACCAUGUUCUCCGUCCUAUCAAAAUUAUUUGGAGCGCACAGUAACUGCUGUCACCGAGCUGUCUCCACUGUUGCCAUUUAAUAACAUUAGUUGUGUGUUGCUUCUACAUGCCAGAAGGAAAAAUCAACCUGACUGUUUACUAAGAAGUGAGAAGCUGAUUGUACCAUGUGGUAAAAUCUCUCUAAGCCUGGAAGAUAUUUUAAAAGAGAACUAUACAGUAAAUUUAUUUGAACACUGUCAAGGCGGUUGCAGCCUGGAAGAUGUUUUUGCAGUUUUAUCUGCAUUUCAGAAAUGUUCGUUUCAUCUCUUAUCUCCUGACUACACAUUGAAAUCAGUACAAGGCUGGUUAAUUGGACAGAUGCAAGGGGAACCAGUAGAGCACAUCCCUGAUAUCAUAUGCAGCCGUAAACCGGGAAACAAUCAGGGUACGCUCUUCAUAUGGAAUUCUAAGAAUCCAUUUGAGGGAACACUUACUGUGCUUUACAGGAAUGAUUCAACAUUACUGCAGUGUCUUCACAGCCUCAGACGCGUUCUUCCUCCAACUUGUGCAAUAAACACUACAGUUCUUGGGGGCAAAGAUGGUCUAACUGAGAGCUUGGCACAAUCUCUUGAAGAAGAGUUACUUGCCCUUAGGAGCUCCGUCUCCUCUGCAGAAAGUAAAGUUGAAAAAGAAUUGACCCAGAGGUGUAAAAUGAAGAAAAAUAAUGGUACAACAGAUUCUUCUUCUGACACAAAGGAGCGGGUACAAAAGUACAGAGAGGAGCUCCAGAUUGAGCAGAUGCAAAGCGACCUGGAUACUCACCUAGCUGCAGAUGGGGAUCUAUACAGUAAAAGCAUGCUGAAUGCAGUGCAACUUCAAAUGAAUUCCGACAGCCUUGCAUGUAGGCUUGCUAACUUGUAAUUUUUAAUAUCUAAUGAAUUACACAUUAAAGUGAAAACAAUUUUUGCCACCUAUACCGUUUGUAUAGGUAUAAAAACUAUAACUAUUUUUGCCACCUAUACUAAUAGUUAAUAUGGUAUUUCAAGUAAAAAAAUAAAAAUCUUACUGGCCUAUUAAAUUGAAUUUACACGCAUAUUACAGAUAUGUUUAAAAAUACUAUCCCUGAUUUGUGUAGGACUGCAUAUGUUAGAUCGUGCCUGCCUUUACCCAUUUUGGUGGCUUUUUCAAACAAACAACAAAAUAAUAAUUUUUUAUGUAUUUUUUUUGUGUGCCGUGUGUGUGUUCGAGUAAAUUCUUGACCUUAGUCGCAUGGUUUAUAAUGCCUUCAGAACCCUUUAAUGGCAUUAUAUGGUAUGUACUCUCACACUCUCCCUCCCUUCCUCCUUAUUCACACAUCUUGGAGAUGACAAAGGACAGGGUUAGAGGAGUAAUCUCAACAUUCUGUUCCUGGGACCAGCAGACAAAGGCAUUCAAAAUAUUAUAAUAAGUAAAUGAAGUCGAGUACUUACAGGAAUGUAGAUAGUUUUAAUAACCGUGUCUGGGACACCUUCUUUCACUAAAGACUCCCGCUCAAUCUCCAGGCCAUCAACACUAGCAGCUGCAGGUGUUUCAAGGGACUGUCAAUUGGUAGGUCUGGUCGGAAUGGCAACUCCCUCAACUCCCUCCCAACUCCUCCGUCUCGCCAUAGGGAACCUGGGCCAACGUGGCCAGAGAGGGAGUCUAGCAAUGGCCUACACUGUUUUUUCAGAAUUUUCUUUAGAACUGCAUAAAUUGGAGGAAAAAUG